GGUUUAGUCUUCUGACCGACCAAUGAAAUGUUUACAUUAAAAAAGAAAACACUUUAGCACCAACUACUGGCUGUGUACUGAUUUGUCCCUCCUUUAACAUGGUUAGUCUAGUUUAACUGCAGUUAUCAAGAAUUGGGCUGCGUAUAUAAUUGCAGUAGUUACAUAAAUACAUAAAAUAAGAUCAGUGUGAAAGAUAAGAAUUAUAUUAUGCCUGGCUUUCCUUUUAUUUUUAUCUGAUGCCCACAUAAUACUGAAUGGGAUCCCAAGUUCAUCCAUCAGCGCGCUCACACACUUCAUAUGACGUUCCCACGUACGUGAUUGUGACGCACGAACGAGCGAUUCCAUUUAUUUCUACCAGACAGAUUUUUCCACGAAAGCAUCAUACAUUUGUUGGAAUUAGGGUGCCAAAAUGGACCCGUGUGGCUGUUCUAAAUCUAAAUCUUGUAACUGCGGGAAAAACUGCAAAUGCACCAACUGCAAGUGCACACAUAGCAAAAAAAGUUGCGGCAGUUGUCCAUCUGAAUGCAGUAAGGGCACGAAGGACUGUGAGAGCGCGUGCAAGGACAAGGAGAAAUCGUGCGACACACACUGCUGCAAAUGAAAGUCUGUGAUAUGUGUUGUGACACUGCUCCAUUAAUAAUAACAACAAUAAUAAAACAAUUAUUUCGUGUACUCCCGCAUUUGUUGUGAUUAUUGAUGAAAUAAAGGA